AUGUCGUCGCUUCAGGUGUUUGCUAAGGUGCUCGCUACGCUGAGGAUCGUGGACUACCUUCUUUGUGUUAUCCUUGGUCUCGCUGGCGGCGCCAUUGGGAAGAAGGUUCGCCCACAUUGUCGCCCUUUUUCAUGGAACGACCCCACCCUCGCGUACCCUUUCGCCGGAGACGGAACAUUUCCCUCCUGGUCGCUGGUCCCCAUUGCCAUCUUGCCAGUUGUCCUCUAUGCCGCCGUGGAAUUCGCCCGCGCGCUGCGGUGGCGCGCCGGCACGACACCGUCUCUAGACCACCCCCUUGGCGCCGAAGGAGGCGUCGUUACAGUGGACGUCAUGAACAGCGGAGGGACCACCGUGCGGUGGUUGCGCGCAGGCGGCUUCAACGGUGACGAUCUCUCUGCCACAGAAGGAGGAAGAGGCGGGCGCGAUGUUGUUGCUGCUGCACGCUGGCCGCUAUUUUGGGAAACGUUUAAUCACUGGGUUCUCGCACAGGCUUUCGCCGUAUGCUUGUGCAUUUGCAUUGUUGAAACCACCAAAGUAUACUCUGGUCGUCUGCGUCCUGACUUUCUCGCGCGGUUGAAGCGCGAAGGCUACAGCGAACAAUCCGAGGGCGUGGACUGGUGUGGGGCUGCACGUGAGGGGAGGGUGUCAUUUCCCUCGGGUCACAGCGGCAUCGCGUUUGCGUCCAUUGUUACAUUGGUGCUGUAUUCUCUGGGACAACUGCAAGCAUUUCGCCAUGCGUCCCUGUGGCGCUCUUUGCUGGGUCUGCUGCUGCUCGUUUUCCCCUUUGCCGUCGCUCUUUCGCGGACACGUGACAACCGUCAUCACUUUUCCGAUAUAUUGGCCGGCAGCGUCAUUGGAACCUGCUGUGCACUUCUCUCCGUGACCCUCCUUUUCCGUUUGUCAGAGCGGACGGGGGUUUUCCUACCACGCCGUCUGGAGUAUGCCUCGAAACGGUAA